CGCGCCGACUGCCGCGAGCUGCGGCGGCUCCGAGGCGGCCAGUCCUCCCCGGCGAGCCGGGCGCGCGCGGCCGCGAUGAGCUGGGAGCUGCUGCUCUGGCUGCUGGCGCUGGGCGCGCUGCUCGCGCUCCUGGUGCAGCUGCUGCGCUUCGUCCGCGCCGAUGGCGACCUGACCCUGCUGUGGGCCGAGUGGCAGGGGCGACGCCCAGAAUGGGAGCUGACUGAUAUGGUGAUAUGGGUGACUGGAGCAUCGAGUGGGAUUGGUGAGGAGCUGGUUUACCAGCUGUCUAAACUAGGAGUCUCCCUUGUGCUGUCAGCCAGAAGAGUGCAGGAGCUGGAAAGGGUGAAGAGAAGGUGCCUUGAGAAUGGCAUUUUAAAAGAAAAAGAUAUAUUCGUUUUACCGCUUGACCUGACCGACAGAAGUUCCCAUGAAGCCGCUACCAAAGCGGUACUCCAGGAGUUUGGUAAAAUCGACAUUCUGGUCAACAAUGGUGGACAAUCCCAGCGUUCUUUGUGUGUGGACACCAACCUGGAUGUGUUCAAGGAGCUAAUGGAGCUUAACUACUUAGGGACGGUGUCCUUGACAAUGUGUGUUCUGCCUCACAUGAUCGAGAGGAAGCAAGGAAAGAUUGUUACUGUGAAUAGCCUCCUGGGUAUCAUAUCUGCACCCCUCUCUAGUGGAUAUUGUGCCAGCAAACAUGCUCUUCGGGGUUUUUUUAAUUGCCUCCGGGUUGAACUUGCUGAGUACCCAGGUAUAGUAAUUUCUAACAUCUGCCCAGGACCUGUGCAAUCAAAUAUUGUGAAGAACUCCCUAACUGAAGAAGUAACAAAGUCUGUAGGCAUUGAUACAGUCCAGUCCCACAAGAUGGCGACCAGUCGUUGUGUGCGGCUGAUGUUAAUCAGCAUGGCCAAUGAUUUGAAAGAAGUUUGGAUUGCGGAUCACCCUUUUUUGUUGGUGGUAUAUUUGUGGCAAUAUAUGCCAACCUGGGCUUGGUGGCUAACCAACAUAUUAGGGAAGAAAAGAAUUGAGAACUUUAAGAAUGGUUUGGAUGCAGAUAUCUCUUACUUUAAAACCUGGAAGACAAAACAUGAUUGAAGGAGUGCUUGCAUUUUUUUAGACCGCUGGAGGGAGAAAUGAAAACUGCAAUCUUCUUAUACACUGAAAAUUAACUUCGGAUUUUAUUUUUCAGUAGAUAAAGCUUUUCUUUCAACAUGUAAUAAUUAAUAAAUAAAAGCUUGCCACGAAUCUUGCAAUAAAGAUAUUAACACAUGCUGCAUUCUUGAAUAAAA